AAAAAAAAAAAGUAUAGAAUAAAAAAAAAAAUAGAGCGAUCGCCAUGCAUAUGCAAUUAUUGAAAUUACUGUGCUUAUCCGUCUCGAUGAUUUGUGAGCGAGUGACAAGUUUAUCGAGUGGUUCGUUUUUGAAAAAUAAUACGUCGGGGAAUAACGAGGGAAGCAAAUGGAACGUGCUCGAAGAAUUUUUUGCCGAUUUCAACGAAGCUUAUUUAAAAAAAUACGAACCACGUCAGAUAACGAUUACCAGUGUCCCGACCAACGGGGAAAUUCAACGGGCUUUCGAUUUGUUCUAUCGCAAUUGGCCCUACAUAGUUUGCCCUGAUACCGAAAAUUGCAAAUACCCACGCAACAUAUUCAACAACGGAAAUUUCGUCAUUAUUUUCUUGCGAAAUUUGACCGAGGAAAUAUUCAUGGAAAACGCUAAAAUAAUAUCGCUGUGCAAAGAGUGCAGGGUGCUAUUUUUGUCCGAUGGAAUAAUUCAGAGGGACGACGUACGAAUGAUAUUCGAACUCGCGGUACAGGCGAACAUAUCGUCGAGCGAGUUGGCGCAUUUGACCGAGGACGGUGUCGGUCUGUACAGCGAGAUGUUGGGUGACGAAUGCACCAUGGAAGCCUAUCUGAUAGACUUUUGGAAACCGGGAGUCAGUUCGGAACGGAUAAACCGAUGGGCCUUCAAAUACCACGAUUGCAAGGGUUGCCCCUACGUGGUAAGCUCGAUGACGUUUAAACCGAAAAUGAUAAUGGCCGGCUACAAAAAUGGCACGCGAAGUAUAGUAGGCGGACUGGAGGGUAAAUUAUUGCUCGAAGCGGCUAAGCAGAUGAACUUCACCAUAGUAAUGAGACAUCCGUCCAUAGUCGACCGUAUGAAAUAUUCUCGAAAAUCUUCCAUACUGAAAGACGUUACCAUCGAAAAUGCGGAAAUCGGAAUCGGUAGAUUACUGCAGACCAACUACAUGCGCGAUCUCGUUGAAUUCUCGGUACCGUACGACGUCGAAUGCGUGACAUGGGGAGUACCGCGGAUAAUGAGCUGGUCCAGCGACAUAGUUUUCGUCGAAUUUUCAAAACUAGUCUGGGCAGCGGUAAUGGUAAUGUUCGUCGUCAUUUGCAUCGUGGCUUACGUUCACCGUCAAUCGAUUUUACCGAAAUUAGCCGACACCGACAAAAAAACCGGCGCGAUCAUCGUCAUUUGCGACAUCUUCACUCUUCAUCUGGGCAACUCGGUACUCUGGGUAACGUCCUCGCAAGGGAGUAAAUACUUUCUCUUGUCGUUGCUGUAUUACGCGACGGUGAUAACGACCGCCUACAAAACAUCGUUGGCGUCGAUUUUAGCGACGGAUAAAGGUACCUCGGCUAUCGUCGACGGAGAAGGAAUAAUAAAGGCGAAUUUGAGCGUAGGCGGAACAUUUUUCGACUGGUGGAUACUCAGGGAUCAGGUGAACGACAGUAAAGUGAAUCGUAAGUUACUGAAUCGAUUCAUCGUCAAUAACGACGAUGACGAAUUGAAAGUUCGUCUGAAAACCGAAGGUAAUUUUGCAUUUUUGGCGAGCCGUUCGUGGCUGAGUUACGAAAGAGAGACGUCCGUCCGGGCUCACGAGCCGGUUACUUUCGAUAUAUUCGAUGUGUGCGUAAUGGCGUAUCCGACCGUAGUCAGUUUUCAGAAAAGAUCGUUGCUCAGGAAACCUAUGAAUCGUAUCAUUCAACGUUUGACGGAAUCCGGAAUAUUCAUUCAUUGGGAUCUCGAGAACGAACUUGGCUCCAAAUUGGUAUCGGCCAGCGAAAAAGAUCAAGAUUUGCUCGGCGAUCACUCUGCUCAUAAAUUUCGAAAUCUGUUCAUCGUCUACUCGAUCUGCAUAUUCUUUUGUCUAUUGGCUUUCGCUGUUGAACUGUUUGUCGCGAGGGUUCAAGCAAAAAAACGACAAGAAGCAGCUCGCAAUCGCAUAAAUUAUGACAUUCAGUUGAAAAAUAAAAUGAAAAUCAAAUAACCAGUUCGUAAAUGAGAGAGGAUUCUAGCUUAAACUCCACCCUAGCACCACCUGAGAUUUUAUCUGUUCCCCAAUGCUGUCGAUAAAUCGCAAAAUUCGUAAUAAUUAGUAAUCAAUCAAUAUUGAAAAUAUACCGAUUGUCAAAUUGGAUGUAAUGUGUACUAUUUUCAUUUCCGUAUCUGAUAAUAAAUUUUCAUUAUUCAU